ACGCCGAUCGAGGGGGUCAGAACUUGUUGGACGAUCACAGCAACAUCGUUGACGGGGAGAGUUGUAUACGUCAUAUUCUGAGAAUGAGGACUUGGCUGUUGUUGCUUGUCGUCACGGCUGCCGUUGUGGCGGUCGUGUUUGCAGAGGAGGAUGAUCAAAGUCAUCAUCUGACAAAAGCGUAGUCGAUCACGCGAACGUAUAGGUUACGGAUGCACGGACUGCUUUGGCCGAGGCAGUCGAGGGAGGUCGUCGGUACGGAGGCCGCAGUCGCGGAGGUUACAGUCAUGGAAGUCAUAGUCAUGGACAUAGACGUGGUAGUAGUGGAGGGCGGAGUCGUGGAGGAAGACGCAGCAGGGGUCGACAUAGUCGAGGUCGUAGUGGAGGAGAAGCAGAGGUGGCCACUCGUCGAGUCAGACGAGUACGAUAACAGUGGACAACCAUCUUGCAGGUGCCCGUUCCAGUUUCAAGGUCAACAGGGAUGGAGCCAAAGACCACAGUUUGGUUCAGUAGGCUACGGGCGUCAAAGCGGACAAAGAGACGGAUACUACCGUCAGUGGUACAGAGCUUUCUCCACCCACCCCUGCUGCGGAGGUAGGACUGGCACCAUCACCUUCCUUCAGAGAACACAAAGGAUCUCGCCAGGGCCCCGGUAACGUCUUAAACAUCACUAACACUGCCAAUAAGGUGUUGAGCUAUGACGUCUUCAAUAAACAUUCACCUGAGAAAUUUGUUGUUAUUUAUUGUUCAAAGUUUGUUUCUUGUUUAACACCGCAAUAUUCCAGCUAUAUGGCGGCGGUCUGUAAAUAAUCAAGUCUGGACCAGACAAUCCAGUGAUCAACAGCAUGAGUAUCGAUCUACGCAAUUGGGAUACGAUGACAUGUGUGUCAACCAAGUCAGCGAUCUGACCACCCGAUCCCGUUAGUUGCCUCUUACUACAAAGUACGGGUUGCUGAAUACAAUAACUUGGA